AUGGCGUUGCAGGGCCUGUUAGAGGUUGUGUCCAGGCGUCUUCGCCGGCCGGCGGAGAAAAAGGACGUCGAGGACUACCUCAGCGGGUCCACGGAGGUUACUUCUGGGCGCCGGCAUCGCAACUACGUUCCACCAGGACGGAGGCAUGCAAGGCGUCGUAUGGAUGUUCUGUGGCAACUGGACCCUGAUGGCGUCCGGAUCACCUGCGGUGACAAAAUACUCACCUCAACCCACCGCAGGAAGGUUAUCCGAACGCUUCGCGCCAUACAAUCGGCUGCCAGGGACACGGUCUUCCACAAUAAGCCUAACCAAGGCAAGGUGCUGCAGUGCGUGGCCGCCGACCCCGCCAGUUCCCACUUCAUGCACUCCGGGUCCUUUACCCGGUUAGCAGAUUGGCGGUUCAUCCACAUGGCCAGGCUCAACACUCUACAUCUCAACGAAGCCUGCCCGUGGAUGACGAGCCGUGACCAGCGGUGCAGAGAAUGUGGGUACGUGAGGAAGACCUUACCCCACGUACUCCGCCACUGCAUGUCAAAGAGCCCUAUGUACACGGCCCGCCACAAUAACAUCGUGGUGCGUCUACGCACUGCGUGCCAGCACCGGUUUACCAUCACCUACGAGAAUAGACCGGUCGGCAGCACCAACCUUCGUCCAGACCUCGGCGUGGCGCGCGGCGAGGAGGCGAUCGUCCUGGACGUCUGUUGUCCCUUCGACAACAGACCCGACGCCUUCUCCGCAGCCCGCACUGCCAAAAUCACCAAAUUCGAGCCCGUGCGCCUCUACCUUGCGCAGCGGUACCAACGUGUGAUCAUCGACGCCGCCAUCGUUGGUGCUGUGGGUUAG